AUUUGUCAUUGGUUGAAACGUGCAGAACGAUGAUAAGCCGCCAUUUAUGGUAGAAAAUUGUAUCCAAUCGAUUCCAAUGCAUCAGUAAAUUUCAAAAGUAUCUCACAUGUACCAAAAGUGGACCUUGGCGGUGCACCAACAGUAACAAAAUCAAUGUUGUAGACCAGACAUACAGUAACCAACAAACUGAAGUUACUUACCCUUUCCACAAAGGUGUUUGUAGGCCUUUGGACUUCCAGCCUGGAUCCAGAUAAAUUCAAGGAAAUGAGCUUGGAAGAACAAAAAUACAGGCUUCCUUUCAACAACGUUGUCGUAUACAAAGUGGACAGCAUGAAACGCUUCUAUGGUUCAUACCCUGCCAAAGUCAUGUGAUCCACCAAACAAUAUGGGUUUUCCUGGACCACUGCUACAAACGGAAAGGGCUUUCCUGACUAAAAUAGAGGCACCGCCUCUCUCAAUAAUUGAGUGAAAUGAGACAUCAGCAGCAGUGAUUAGCCGAAAGCCGAUAGUUGGAUUUAGUCUCACUACUGGAGGGCGUCCCAUUGUGAAAAUAUGUGAAAAUAUUUGCAUGUUGUGUGAACGAUGUUUACCUGUGUUGAAAACGGUAAAGACACCCUGAUCCGAGGCGUGUUACUGAAUCCAUAAAACAAAAUCUACUCGCACGACUUCGAUACUGAAUUUGAUAGGAUGAAUUUAUAAUGAUUUAAUUUAACUGGAUGGUUAGAUAGAGAGCAGUAAUGUUAAAGGACUGAGGUAGCAUGUAGCGCAAUUAUUCUGGAUGACAAAAUUAUAUGUUAGUGAAAAGUUGAAUUAGGUUUUGGGUAAUUGAGUUCGGUGGAUAAUAUUAGUCAGACGCUGUGAUUUAAUGCAUGGUUUCAACAGUCAAGAUUAUAAGAUAGUAGUGUAACUGAAUCAUUUAGUGAUUUAAAUAAGUUUUCUGAUAGAUUGAGCCCCUGCAUACAAGGUUUACCCAUUUUUGUGGUUGAGAUAUACUGUUAUCUAGCUGAAAGUGUGGGUACUUUUAACUUGUAAGCUGAGUGGAUUGUAUAGGAAGUUAUUUUUCAUAUUGAAUUAUCAAUGUGUUUGCUUUCAUUUCAUUAUUGUGAUACACUGUUUUUGUUAUAGAUACUUUGCUACUGAUUUAAGGAGUGAAAAUUGUGAUUUUUUUUAAAGUUCUUACAAAAAGAGUUAAUUAAAAUACUGUGAGUUAAAAGUUGAACAUAUUAUACAGAAAAAAGCUGCAGAUUGUUUUUUCAAAGAUUUCAAUUUGACAAGGACCACAUCUCACGAAUGCUGGCAGCCUGAUGACCUCUGUUGCUGUUCAUUUUCGAUAACAACACAUGAACAAAUCACAAGAUUUCACGCUGGCAGUUUCCUAAAGAGAUCAAUCUCAAGACCAUCUGAAUCCUGAUCUCCACAAGUGUGACAGACAGAACCAUUUCAGAGGUAGAAAUGCCACACCACUAAAGAAAAUCAUAACACAUUUAAGAAUAAAUCCUGCACAUUACUAUGACAACAUAAAGUGAAACAGACGUUGAUGAAAGUGGCCUCCCUUGUCACCAUGGAGAUGAACUCACUGAGCACAACAUCAAACUUCAAACCACCCGGGAAACCCCAGCCAUCGGCACGAAGUUUAUCUGGACGCAACAAGCGAGGCAGCAAGACAUACAGUUCGUCUGAGGAUGACCUGCAUUCAGACGAGAACCUUCGUCCCUACGAGACAGUCAAAUCAGCUCAUCACGAUAAAAAGCUGAAUGGAUUAGGGAUCCCAGCCACCGGCAACGAGUACAUGAGUACCCCCGUGACCCCUUUGAUGGAGAAACACGCCAACCCUAAUGUGUCCAGAAACGGCAAAGGUCGCACACCUUCCACCGCCUCAACUACAUCCAAAGGUCGUCUCUAUAGUUAUGUAAGUGGGUCAGACGGCGACGAUGAUGAACACGACACUUCAUCCUCAAGCAACAGACGACACAAACGUCAUUGGAAAAAGGGACCAGGGUCACACAGCACUAAUUCCUCGUCUAACGAGAUGGACCUGUAUCGUAUGAGGAAUGACCAGGUCUCCAACCUGUCUCUGUCGGAAGACUCUGAUGAAGCCGCAACAGCAAGUCCUGCUCGGUACCCACAGACAGGUUCGAUGCCCAACCCUCCCCCCUCAGCGCCACCACCCCCACCCCCACCCAUAGAGGACAUUCCACAGCGCGGCACGCCCACACACCAAUCAAAACCCACCCCGCAACAACAACAACAAUUGUGCAGACAGCACCAGGCUAUGUUGCAACGACAUCACCAGUUUGGGCCAAAGAUGCGGGGAAAUUUUUCAGACGUUGAACAAUUGCGUCGACAACAUAUGCACGAACAUGAUAACAUUCGUGGGCAACAUUCUGAAACGUGUUUUUCAUGUAGUCAUGGUGCAAAUCAUUAUUCUGAAGGGGACACAAGUGAAUAUGAACGCCAUAUAUUUGUGCAAACUCCCAAUGGAAAUAUUUUAAUUCCUGAAUCACGAGUUUUGGGGCCAGAUGGGGUGCCAAGGCACUUUCCAGUCAAUGUUCCACGGUCAGGGUCCAUACCCCUGAUGCGUGCAUGUGACCCUGCUGGUGGUGUGGUGCGGCCCCUAGAGCCUGCCACCAUGCCGAGACAUUUCGCGAUUGAGAACCCGCCUGUGACCUUCACCCUGAAUGAUCGAGUGCCAAACUGUAGCAACCAGAAUCACGAGUAUCAGGAGGCGUGGGAUACACAAAAAGUUGUGUUCCCACAUCAGAUUGGGACCUCCAGUCCGAGUGUCCCGUUCUAUCCUGCAGGCCAAACCACGCAAGACUUCGGGUAUUAUGACAAGUUUAAGAACUCUAAACAUGAAUGGAAGACGCGUUUACAACAGCGCUGUUCCUGGAAGUGUUUCGCAAUCAUUCUUCUAGUCCUCAUGCUUGUUUCCCUGGGAUUUGUUGCAUAUUUAUUAAAAACGAGAUUAGUCGACGAUGUACUUGAAGUUACAGAUGUUAAACCAACCAGUAAGACAGCAGACUAUGGAAGCACAUUUUCCCCACCCACUUCCUUCCCUGUUGUACAGUAUCAAAUUGGUGACCAAUCAGAACUAACGAUCGCACCUGGCUCUUUCUGGCAAUCAAAAUUCAACCAAGCGGAACCAAAGUUUGUCAAGUUCAACGUCACGUUGCCUAGCAGCGGUGUCCUUGGAGUGUAUGGUCGUCGGGGUCUUCCGCCAACCAUAGCACAGUUUGACUUCUUUGAGGUCAUAGAUGGUCGCACAUUGACAACAAGAACAAAACGACAGGCAAAGGAUACCCUUGACACGGCCAUUACAAAGUACCUGGAGACUGGUGUGUGGUUUGUGGCCCUGUACAACGACAUGGACCAACCCCAGAAGGUUGUCUUUAAGGCGGAAUUCUACAAGCGUGAGACUGGUUGCCCGGGUGACUGCAAUGGUCGUGGAGACUGUAGGGACGGACAGUGCGUGUGUUACCGUGGAUUCACAGGCUGGGACUGCAUGCAGAGUAAGUGCACCUGUGUUACCAUGGCAGUAAGAGAAUUGUUGAACACUGCAGACUGA